UUGUGAUCACACAGCUCUGUGUGUGUGUGACUUGACUCAUCUGAUUCUCCAGCAAACAAGAUGCAGGAAAAGAUGGAGAAGUCUGCAGCUCAGCUGCCUUUCUUUGUUCCAGCCAGCAGCUCUCAGCAGCGUCUGUUCAGGAAGAGUACCACCUACCUGGCUAAGAUCGCUGUCGUCCUCCAAGAUGCUCCAGGCAAGAUGCUCACUUUUACUCAGCUGAUGGACAAGCUGGCACCUCUAAUCUCUGAAGACAGAAAAUCUGUUGAGAACAACAUUAGAGUCUGUUUAUCAACCAACAAAUGUUUUGUCAAGAUUCCAGUGGUCCCAGAUUCACUGGACAGUAAGAGAAACUACUGGAAACUGGACCCCAGUCAGAUCACAGCAAAGAUGGUGCGUCGUCACUUCAAAGGAAUGCUGCAGCUCUUCCCUGAGUUGGCCUCCAAAGUGCAAACAGAGAACACAAGCAGCCCAUCAGAGCGCUGCUCAGCUGUCCACUCUCCUGAACCUGCAGCCUGCAGAACUGUUCAGAUCAGAUGUGAGGUGAAAUUCAGCAGUCCUUUCUCCAUUGAAUCCCUCCUGAAGAGAGAGAGUCCCUCUGCUCAGACCUCCAGAGCUUCUCCUCUGUCUGGUGUGCCGGUCCGAGUGGAGCAUCAGUUCCACAGAGUUGGGACAAAGAGGAGCUUCAACUGGGACUCUGAGGAGCUUCUCCUCCAUCGAGCUCCAGCUGGAAGUUCCUCCAUCUGCUCAACAGGGGGCAGCACACACCAUGGACUCACUAGUAAUGGAGCUGCUAAGCCCACCAAGAGGAUGCAUGUGUGCACUGAGGCCUCGUUCCCCGUCUACACAAGAGCCAGUGCUGCUCCUUAUUUCACCAGCCCACACAGCAGUUACAUCACUUACUCUGUACCCACACUUACCCAUGAUGCUUUCCGUUUCUGGCUGUGAUGUGUUUACAUAGCUGACAUUUCGUAAGCACUUUUCAAUAAAA